AUGGCUGUCGCCGGCGAACUCAGGUGCCUGACAGAACCCCCCCUGGACCAGUGGGAUGCUCUCCAGCUGAGGCAUUUCCUGCUCUCCUUACCUGAUCACCAAAGACUGUCCAGACCCCUGACUUUGUUUGAACAGACCUGUAAGAAGGAGAUACCCACUCGCCACGCGAUAUCCUCCUUGUACUCUAUGAUGAUCUCACCCUCCCCGGAGUCCUAUCCACCAUUUAUGGCCAAAUGGGAAAAUUACCUCAACACCACCUUCACACCGGCUCAGAAAGACCGCAUACUACAUCUCGCCCAUCACUCUUCCAUCGCCUCUAAGACACAAGAGCUAGGCUAUAAAAUAGUCUCCCGGGUCCCAACUGUCCUACACGCCAUGUUCCACCAAGUCUCACCCUUAUGUACCGUUCAGCUCCAGAUAACCAGUCACAAGAUGGAGAGCCAAAAAGAAGAACAGAAGCUAACAGCUGGGGGAAAUAAAAGAUUUGUUAUCCCAUCUCAGGAGCCAGAGACCACUCCGGUGCGUCCUUUGUUUCACGCUCCUUCAUCAGUUUUGUUUCACGCCCCUUCAUCAGUUUCAUCAACCAACGUGGUAUCAGGAGGCAGUUAUGCUGAUUAUAUUUUCAAUAAGGAAGCCAAGGGCCCAGAGCGAAAGGUUGUAGAUGCCAAGCUGACUUCAAGCCUGGAGCACACAUCUCUGGUACCGAAUUCAGGCUCAGCGCAGAAGAUUCAGAAGGGGACUUUAAGGAUACAACAAUGUCCUCAAACCAUGAAGGCAGACUCGGGGUCAGAAAAACAGCCUCCAAGUGGGAUGGAAGGUUUUGGAACUGAACAGAAGACUGAAAAUGGGAAGGGGGGCCCUUUCAUAGUGACAAGUUCUGGUGGAGGACCAUCGGCCAUCAAAGAUGGAAAGUCUGUUGGUGGGAAGAGCUGUAUUGUGGUCAGCACACGACAGAGGGGCAAUCCACUUCUUAAGCACGUCCGCAAUAUCCCCUGGGAGUUUGGAGACAUUGUACCUGACUACAUUCUGGGGGACACUUGCUGCGCUCUCUUCCUUAGUUUGAGGUAUCACAACCUGAACCCGGAGUACAUACACAGCCGGCUGAAGACGUUGGGCCAGGCCUAUGCCCUGCGGGUCCUCUUGGUGCAAGUCGAUGUGAAAGACCCCCAUUUCACACUAAAGGAAUUGGCUAAAAUCUGCAUCCUCUCCGACCUCACCCUGAUAUUGAGCUGGAGUCCAGAUGAGGCAGCCCGCUACCUGGAGACCUACAAGUGUUAUGAGCAAAAGCCAGCCGAUGCACUGAAGGAGAGGACUGAAAGUGAUUUCAUGUCCAAGAUUACAGAUUGCCUGACAACGGUGAAGUCGGUGAACAAGACAGACAGUUGCACGCUACUCACGACAUUUGGGACUCUUUCAGACCUUGCCAAUGCUUCUCGAGAAGACCUGUCUCUGUGCCCAGGAUUUGGCCCACAGAAAGCAAAGAGACUGUUUGAUGCUCUACAUGAACCAUUCCUCAAAACUAAGUAGUAGGCAUUGGACAAUGUCCAUCCAAUCCUCACACUGAUGGGACUGACCUUGAACAAGGUCC